UGAGUCCCAAGACUCUCUCACACACACCCACACAUUCUCACAUCUGAUCUCUCUCUCGACGUGCUCUCUGCUGUAGUGCCUGAAGUUGGUGGAAGCCAUUAUUGUUAGAUCACAAAGACAUCUGAGCCGGCGAUCCAUUGAUGAUCUAAAGAAAACUGUAAAACCAAGAUUAUAUAUAUAGAUAGACCAACAAGAUGGAUGAGAGAUUGCUUAGAUCAGAAGUACCAAAAGAAACUAGCAAUCUUCCAAAGAGGAUUUGGGUGGAAAGCAGAAAAAUAUGGAAGGUAGCGUUUCCUUCCAUGAUAUCUAGGGUUACUCAAUUUGGAGUGUUUGUGGUGACACAAGCAUUUAUAGGACAUUUUGGUGAAGUGGAUCUUGCGGCUUAUGCACUCGUACAAAUCAUUGCUGUACGAUUUGUAAAUGGAAUAUUGUUGGGCAUGUCAAGUGCCACUGAGACUCUAUGCGGGCAAGCGUUUGGAGCGGGGCAAUACCACAUGCUGGGAAUCUACCUGCAAAGGUCAUGGAUCAUCAAUAUUGCUACUGCAACCAUCUUGGCCCCUGUUUUUAUCUUCUCAACACCCAUCUUUAAGCUACUUGGUGAGGAGGAAGACGUAGCAGAAGUUGCUGGAUAUAUCUCACUUUGGUUUAUUCCAGUUCUCUACUAUUUUCCCUUUACCUUCAGCACUCAAAAGUAUUUACAAGCACAGCUCAAAAACAGCGUUGUCGGAUUUCUUUCUACCGGGGCAUUUGUUCUUCACAUUCUCUUGUCUUGGCUUUUUGUGAUCAAACUCGACUUUGGAAUCCCUGGUGCAAUGGCUUCGAUGGCUAUCGCAUUUUGGUCAGUGGUGAUUGGAAUGUUCGUAUAUGUGUUUGGAGGUUGGUGUCCCAACACAUGGAGAGGUUUCACAGUAGCCGCUUUUCAUGAUUUAUUACCAAUCGUCAAGCUCUCAAUCUCUUCAGGUGUAAUGCUUUGCUUAGAGUUAUGGUACAAUGCUGUUUUAGUAUUACUGGCGGGAUAUGCGAAGAACUCCACGGUUGCAGUAUCCGCCUUUUCCAUUUGCCUCAAUAUAGUGGCUUGGGAAUUUAUGAUCUUCUUUGGCUUCUUAUCAGCUUCAAGUGUCCGGGUUUCAAACGAACUAGGGAGAGGAGAUGCUGAAGCUGCAAAAUUUUCCAUUAAAGUCAUUACUAGUACUUCCAUAUGUCUUGGAGUGCUUGCCUGGAUUUUGUGUUCUGUGUUUGAAAGAAAACUCGCUUAUUUAUUUACAAGUGAUGAGGAAGUUGCAGAAUCUGUGUUAGAUCUAUCUGCCCUGCUUGGUAUAUCUGUGUUUCUCAACAGCAUCCAGCCAGUAUUGUCAGGCGUGGCAGUAGGUUCUGGUCGGCAAGGUCUAGUUGCAUAUAUUAACAUUGGUAGCUAUUUUCUGAUUGGGGUGCCAGUAGGAGUUCUUCUUGCAUUUGUAGCCGAUCUAGAAAUAAAAGGUCUAUGGAUUGGAAUGAUCAUUGGCAUCGUGGUCCAAUGCCUCGUGCUCGGCUACAUUACUUUUAGAACCGAUUGGAAUGAACAGGUCAAGAAAGCAUCGGAACGCCUGAAUAGGUGGUUCUUGAAUUCUCCCGAAGAAUCUAACGCAAAUUCUGCUUAGUAAAUACCGAUUUCUUUUUUCUUAAAGUUCACGUGUUUGAUGGAUACUAACGUAUUAAUUAGUAAUAACCAGACAAGAUUGAACCUACUUGAAGUUGUAUGCUUCUUUGGAAGAGAGAUGGAUUUGAUAAAAAUCUUAAGAUUUCAUCGA